ACUCGGCCGGCCGCAGCCCUCGCCAGCCGCGGAGGGUCGCGUCCCGCGCCUCUGGCCAGGCCGCCCCGUGCCCGGGCCUUUCCGUCCUUGGAGUAGAUCGUUGCCCGCCUGGCGCCCGCCUGCAGUGACAGCGCCCGCCGGAGCCGAGGCCGCGGCGGCGGCCGUGCCCAUGCCCGGGUGUCCACGCUUAGCAGCUUUCUCACCACUGCCAAACCUUGCCUGGGCACUGGGACCUUAGGUGGCCGCCUGUCCCCAGCUGUGGCUGAGCCAAGAUUGCACUUGUGAGAAGGCCUGACAGGCAGCAUGGGCGACAUGGCCAAUAGUUCCAUCGAGUUCCACCCCAAGCCCCAGCAGCAGCGGGAUGCCCCCCACGCUGGAGGCUUUGGGUGCACGCUGGCAGAGCUGCGUGCCCUCAUGGAGCUGCGAGGGGCCGAGGCACUGCAGAAGAUCGAGGAGGCCUACGGGGAUGUCAGCGGGCUCUGCCGGAGGCUGAAGACCUCACCCACAGAGGGCCUGGCGGACAACACCAAUGACCUGGAGAAGCGCAGGCAGAUCUACGGGCAGAACUUCAUCCCCCCCAAACAACCCAAGACCUUCCUGCAGCUGGUGUGGGAGGCCCUGCAGGACGUGACCCUCAUCAUCCUGGAGGUGGCUGCCAUCGUCUCUCUGGGCCUCUCGUUCUAUGCGCCGCCGGGAGAGGAGAGUGAAGCCUGCGGGAAUGUGUCAGGAGGCACAGAAGAUGAGGGUGAGGCCGAGGCUGGCUGGAUAGAGGGGGCUGCCAUCCUGCUGUCUGUCAUCUGUGUGGUGCUGGUCACAGCCUUCAAUGACUGGAGCAAGGAGAAGCAGUUUCGAGGCCUGCAGAGCCGAAUUGAGCAGGAGCAGAAGUUCACGGUCAUCCGGAACGGGCAGCUCCUCCAGGUCCCCGUGGCUGCGCUGGUGGUGGGGGACAUUGCCCAGGUCAAGUACGGUGACUUGCUGCCAGCCGACGGCGUGCUCAUCCAGGCCAAUGACCUCAAGAUCGACGAGAGCUCCCUGACGGGCGAGUCUGACCAUGUGCGCAAGUCAGCCGACAAAGAUCCCAUGCUGCUCUCAGGCACUCAUGUCAUGGAAGGUUCUGGAAGAAUGGUGGUGACCGCCGUUGGUGUGAACUCACAGACAGGCAUCAUCUUCACGCUGCUUGGAGCUGGUGGAGAGGAGGAAGAGAAGAAAGAUAAGAAAGGCAAGCAGCAGGAUGGGGCCAUGGAGAGUAGCCAGACCAAAGCUAAGAAGCAGGAUGGCGCAGUGGCCAUGGAGAUGCAGCCCCUGAAGAGCGCGGAGGGUGGGGAGAUGGAGGAGCGGGAGAAGAAGAAAGCCAACGCACCCAAGAAGGAGAAGUCUGUCCUUCAGGGAAAGCUCACAAAGCUAGCGGUGCAGAUCGGGAAAGCAGGGCUGGUGAUGUCCGCCAUCACCGUCAUCAUCCUGGUCCUCUACUUUGUGAUCGAGACGUUUGUUUUGGAAGGCCGGACGUGGCUGGCAGAGUGCACACCGGUCUAUGUGCAAUACUUCGUGAAGUUCUUCAUCAUUGGUGUCACUGUGCUGGUCGUGGCUGUCCCAGAGGGCCUGCCACUUGCAGUCACCAUCUCCUUAGCUUACUCUGUCAAGAAAAUGAUGAAAGACAACAACCUGGUGCGCCACCUGGAUGCCUGCGAGACCAUGGGCAAUGCCACAGCCAUCUGCUCUGACAAGACGGGCACACUUACCACCAACCGUAUGACCGUGGUCCAGUCCUACCUAGGGGACACCCACUACAAAGAGAUUCCGGCCCCCAGCGCCCUGACCCCUAAGAUCCUCGACCUCCUGGUCCAUGCCAUCUCCAUCAACAGUGCCUAUACCACCAAAAUACUACCUCCUGAGAAGGAAGGUGCCCUCCCACGCCAGGUGGGCAAUAAGACGGAGUGCGCCCUGCUGGGCUUCGUCUUGGACCUGAAGCGAGACUUCCAGCCCGUGCGCGAGCAGAUCCCGGAAGACAAGCUUUACAAAGUAUACACCUUCAACUCGGUCCGCAAGUCCAUGAGCACAGUCAUCCGCAUGCCCGACGGUGGCUUCCGCCUCUUCAGCAAGGGGGCCUCAGAGAUCCUGCUGAAAAAGUGCACCAACAUCUUAAACAGCAAUGGCGAACUCCGAGGCUUUCGGCCUCGGGACCGGGACGACAUGGUGAGGAAGAUCAUUGAGCCGAUGGCUUGCGAUGGCCUCCGCACCAUCUGCAUCGCCUACCGGGACUUCUCUGCAGGCCAGGAGCCCGACUGGGACAACGAGAACGAGGUCGUGGGUGACCUCACCUGCAUAGCUGUCGUGGGCAUUGAGGACCCCGUGCGGCCCGAGGUCCCUGAAGCUAUCCGAAAAUGCCAGCGUGCUGGCAUCACAGUCCGCAUGGUGACUGGAGACAACAUCAACACGGCCCGGGCCAUCGCAGCCAAAUGUGGCAUCAUCCAGCCCGGGGAGGACUUCCUGUGCCUGGAAGGGAAGGAGUUCAACCGACGGAUCCGCAACGAGAAAGGCGAGAUAGAACAGGAGCGGCUGGACAAGGUGUGGCCCAAGCUGAGGGUGCUGGCCCGGUCGUCUCCCACCGACAAGCACACGCUGGUCAAAGGGAUUAUCGACAGCACCACUGGCGAGCAGCGGCAGGUGGUGGCUGUGACAGGGGAUGGCACCAACGAUGGGCCGGCCCUCAAGAAGGCGGACGUAGGCUUCGCCAUGGGCAUCGCAGGGACCGACGUGGCCAAGGAGGCCUCCGACAUCAUCCUGACCGAUGACAACUUCACCAGCAUCGUCAAGGCCGUCAUGUGGGGCCGUAACGUCUAUGACAGCAUCUCCAAGUUCCUGCAGUUUCAACUGACGGUCAAUGUGGUGGCCGUGAUCGUGGCCUUCACAGGCGCCUGCAUUACUCAGGACUCUCCUCUCAAAGCCGUGCAGAUGUUAUGGGUGAACUUGAUCAUGGACACGUUUGCCUCUCUGGCCCUGGCGACGGAGCCACCCACGGAGUCGCUGCUGCUGCGGAAGCCGUACGGCCGUGACAAGCCCCUCAUCUCCCGCACCAUGAUGAAGAACAUUCUGGGCCAUGCCGUGUACCAGCUCGCCAUCAUCUUCACCCUACUGUUUGUCGGGGAGCUCUUCUUUGACAUCGACAGCGGGAGGAACGCGCCCUUGCACUCGCCACCCUCAGAGCACUACACCAUCAUCUUCAACACCUUCGUCAUGAUGCAGCUCUUCAACGAGAUCAAUGCCCGCAAGAUCCAUGGCGAGAGGAACGUGUUCGACGGCAUCUUCAGCAACCCCAUCUUCUGCACCAUCGUUUUGGGCACUUUCGGGAUUCAGAUUGUCAUUGUCCAGUUCGGCGGGAAGCCCUUCAGCUGCUCCCCACUAUCCACGGAACAGUGGCUCUGGUGCCUGUUUGUUGGUGUUGGGGAGCUGGUCUGGGGACAGGUCAUUGCCACCAUCCCCACCAGUCAGCUCAAGUGCCUGAAGGAAGCUGGGCAUGGGCCCGGGAAGGACGAGAUGACCGACGAGGAGCUGGCCGAAGGCGAGGAAGAGAUCGACCACGCCGAGCGGGAGCUCCGCAGGGGCCAGAUCCUCUGGUUCCGGGGCCUGAACCGGAUUCAGACGCAGAUCCCGGUGGUGAAAGCGUUCCGUAGCUCACUCUAUGAAGGCCUGGAGAAACCAGAAUCCAAGACCUCCAUUCACAACUUCAUGGCCAUGCCCGAGUUUCUGAUCAAUGACUACACCCACAACAUCCCGCUCAUCGAUGACACGGACGUGGACGAGAACGAGGAGCACCUCUGGGCCCCCCAGCCCCCAUCCCCCAACCAGAACAACAACGCCAUAGACAGCGGCAUCUACCUGACCACGCAUGUCACCAAGUCAGCUACCUCUUCAGUGUUUUCCUCCAGUCCCGGGAGCCCGCUCCACAGCGUGGAGACAUCCCUCUAACAAGAACUUGUCUCAGCACAUGUGCACACGGACACUUGGACUCACACGAAGUCACAUGCACACAUGCACGCACACACACAUAUAGGGACCUGCACACCUGCAAAACGGGGGAACAACUAAGGUGGCUGAAGACCUUUCUGGCAGGGCAUUUGCAAGAAGCCAAAUCCAUUCAACAAGGGUGCAGCCUGCCACAGGCUCCUCAUCCGGACUGAGGAAGAUGAGGACGGGGAGGAGGAAAAGGAGGAAGAGGAGGACAAAAAGGGGGAGGAGAAGGUUCUUCAUCCGAAGGAGGAAGGAGAAGAAGUAGAAAGUGUGAAGAGCUGAGUUCCCCACCUUUUUUUCUAUUGAUGCUUCUUUUUUAACGAACUACAGUUUCACCACGUGUUUGCUUUUGGGCUGUGCAGUGGGCAGGGGGCUGCUUUGGGUUUAUUGGGAGCUUUUGUUGCACCCAUGAAGGAGCAAUCAGGUCAGCAUAUUCAUGCAAAAAAAAAAAGUUGAGUGCUCUGCAGGGCUGUGAAGGGUGCCACCUGAGGGAGCCACAUGCAAGCGGCCCUGCAGCCACAAAGCAAUCCAUCCCCAGCAAAAACUAGGCACAUCUGCAGUGUGCAUGUGUGUGCAUGUGUGCACAUAUAUGUAGGUGGAUCUGUACACAUGCACAUAUAUAUGGCCAGAAGCAUAUUUCAAUAAGGAACUAUUUACUGGCAUGAUAUUUGCAUUCCUCUUUUCAGGCAUUUUCAUUUGGAAAUUUCAUUAUUGAAUGUAGCAAGUUUUUUUUUUUUGCUGUUGUUGUUUUUUGUUUUGUUUUGUUUUGUUUUCGGGGAACUAGACUGCAAGAAUAGCUUUCUGAUCAAUCCAUUUUUGUCCCUCAUCUCCCUGCCCCCAUCCUUCGUUCCUGCCCUCUGCCUGGUCCUAUUGAGAUUCCCAAGAAGGCGGAGAGGGGACGCUCCAGGUCUGGAGCAGGUAUAAUUGGAGCAUUUGCACUGAGACCCCUGCCAGAGAGGAGAAAACCCUUUCAAUUGAAAUUUUAAUCUAAAAGGAAAAUAACAAAAUAUUGAUGAGAAGGAGUCCCCCAGUUAGUGAAACAGGAGUUUCGUUUUCAGCUUUCUUUGGUUUCUGCUGCAAUUCCACAUCCUUCAUCCUGGCCACGCCCCCAACUUCAAGAGCAUGAAGCACUCUUGGAGUUGUGGGUCCUGCCCAGAGUCCAGGGAGCAGCCCCAGCUGAGCACAGGUCCUAGGGGGCGGGGGCAGGGCCAAGAGUUCUAAAGAAGCCAAUGGAGGGAGAGGGAGCGUCAGAAGCCCGGAGGAGCUGGCGGUGGGAGAAUGACGGCAGGGAGGCAGCCACAGUUCAGACCCUGUCCCCUCAGCACCUGGAUGGACUCCCACUGUUUGCUUUAGCAAAUGCCGAGGAGUCCUCAGUAGACCACCUCAAUGUCUGCUGUGACACCGGAGAUGCCAUCACCAAAGCACUCUUCCCACCCUAGUCUUUGUGUCCAGAGGCCAAGCUUAAGCCAUGAAGGCAUGGAUUUGUGGCUGAGCACCAGGUACUGAGGGGAGCCUGUCCUGGCAGUGUGGGCACCUGGUGGCCAAGCCUCAGUUUCCCCCAAAUGAGCAGAGGGGAUAAAGAGGGGCCUGACUUUUGCCACCCUCCUGAGGAAGCCCCUAGGUCCACACAGUGAUGCCAUGGGGGACCCUUGCCUUCUGCACUUGCAGGUGUCACGUUUUGCAGGGAGGUGGUUGGGCCUGGGGCUCAGCCGCUGGGAGACAGUUGGGACCUGAGGGACAGAGGAUAGGAAUGGAAGCCACCAAUGUGGACUGGCACCCUCGGGAGGCUUGUCAUACCUCCACUGGCAUCCACACAAACCAAACAGGAGCAGGCACCAUCCCCACUAUUACCAUUAAUGCCAUGUCACCCCUCAGCAGGAGUAGUCAAAUCUCGGGCAAAGAAUUUUGGCUAGAAAAGAAAAUCCCACUUUAAAAUGCCAGCUGCAGAUAACUCAAAGCCAUCCCUUUUUUCUAAAGGGCACAUUGAGAAUGUUACCCAUUUGUAAACUGUUCCCUGAUGUCCUUGUUUAGACGAUAAUAAGAAAAAGGGCAACUCCAUUUGUUGAGGGUCUUUGUGUUCUUCAACGAGAAAUCAAAUUUGAGACAUUGACAUUGCGGAAGAUGAGCUGCGUGCUGCUGCAAUCACCAGCUUCUUCUCACUCUGUCGUAGACACACCGAUAGGACCAAUGGCCAAUAGAUAUUAAAAGCAAACCCUCACUGCUGCUGUAUAAAGUUGCCUCAUGUGAAUGUUGAUCGUUUAGUCCCUAGGUCACCUUUGUGCUGUGGUGUGCAGUUCAGAAAUGGGGCACCGUGAUCUGGAAUGUUUUGCUCUUAUUUUUGCAGUCUUCAGGCGGGGGGCCCUGUCUCACUGGGAAGCCCCUCUUUAUAAAGCAUUAUAUUACCUGGAAUGGCUUGGUCAACUGUGUUCAGUUCAUAAAUAUGUUUUACAUUUUUAUCUGCCUGUUACAAAGAUGAACAAAAAAAACUUAAUGAGAAAGAUCACAGAUGCAUAAUAAUUUAAAGUCUGUAGUUGAAUUUCCUAACUUAAAGAAUAGACCAAAAUUUCUGUGCAUUAAAAAAAUGAAAGGCUCCUUACAUCCUG